CCAUAGGUUCAAGGUCAAGAACAAUUUUCUAUUGAGUGUACUUCACGUACACAAACCCAAGAUUUAAAAACGAGUUAAAAAUACACAUUUGAAAACGAGGGUUGUCACCAAUACAAAACAACUGAGAAAUGUUCUAAGGUUAUGGCGAUCUAUAUAACAAAGCAUCUGUCCGGUUUUAUUGAUCUAAAAUAAAAGUGUGGAGAGCGAUUACAGUUCAAAGUGGAUAUCUAAAAUUGCCCUAUUUCUAAUUCAGCAGCUAACAUGGACCUCGUAGAACAACCAUGUUUUUCAAACUAACAUGUUUCGUUUUCAUUGCCGUAUUGGCAUUCACGGAUUCACGCAAGGAUGUCUCUCAACGUCAACUGCAUUCAAGUCAAAGUAAUUUACUGAUACGUUUGACAGAUCACAUCAAUCAACAAAACAAAGGGGACUCCAGUAGUUUGACUGACUCUAAAGACAAUGUUUCAAAAGAUAGGCCCUACGACUUAUCAAUAUCAAAGUCAGAAAAACAACAUCAAUACAUGAUCGAUCACCUACCACUUUCCAUUGGGUAUAGAGGAGACCUGAAAGGUCGAAGGAUUAAAAGAAGUUCACAAAAAAGACCGAGGAAGUCUCGCAAAUACAAAAGAGCCUUCAUUCACGUUUCUCCAAAGAACGACAAUCCCCAUGUUUCUGAUGUUCCUGUUGAAUUUGAUCCAAAGGGAAAUAUCCGAUGUAUGUGGCAGGACGAGUCAAGACUGAAAAUGAAUCUGUUUCUGGAUUCACCCCGUGGCUACAACGAAGCAUACAUAGGCAUCAAAUACCCGGGGUACUAUUUUGUAUAUGGACAAAUAUUCUUCCAUGGUCAGAACGUUGAGAUGGGACAUUGCCUGUACACAUCGGACACAUACCCAUGUAAACCCCCGAAGUGUACUGAAACUUCCCUUUUAUGUUCCCGUUCUGCUCCGGGCCACCCAGAAAACUCUAAAGACAUUGAGAAUUUGAACACGAACUAUAUUGGUGGUAUUUUUUACUUGAAACGAGGGUCCACUAUACGAUUAGGAGUCAUUACAAAGGGCCAUGGAUCAAAAGUUAUUAUUGAUAAAGCAAUGUCUUAUUUUGGAGCAUUUUCUAUCUAGUUCACCAUUGGAGAGAGUAU